AUGAAGUCCUCCACAUUCUCUUCGGUCUUCGCGACUGCCGUCCUCCUUCUCGCCGAAAGCUCACCGGUUGCCGCCGCCGCAGAGCAAACAUAUAUUGGCUGCUUCUCAAGCUCAAAACCCCUUGAGGACAAGGGUAGCUAUCAGUACCAAAGUAACGGAUACUGCAUGAACCUUUGUUACGGCGAGGGCAAGGCUGUAUUUGGCUUGUAUAACAAGGACCAUUGUCUCUGUGGUGAUAUGAUCCCCGCCAAAUCGAGCAAGGAGUCGGACAGUUCAUGCGACAAGCCGUGUGCCGCCUGGCCCAUGGUCAAGUGCGGUGGAUCUGACGCAUAUUCAAUCUACCUCACCAAUUAUAAGGAGAACGUCGCGUACUAUUCGGAUUCGUCAUCCACCUCCAACAACACUUCGUCAACAAGCAACGGUUCGUCUCCCACGGAUACGGAUGAUGCGUCUACCCCCAGUGGUGGGAAUGCCGAGAUGGCAACUGCCACAGGCUCGUCAGACGAUGGCUCCGAUAAGAAGGGAGGGCCCAACACUGCUGCUAUUGCUGCCGGCGUUGUCAUUGGUGUAGUUGGGUUUGCCGCACUUGUUGGAGCCGGUUUCUUCCUCUGGCGCUUCAAGAACCGCCACCCGGGUGACCAACGAAUGCGCGAAAUGAGCAACGUCGAACAAUUCGGCAAGCCCGUGUCUCGAGACUCCGCUGCCGACUCUCGUUUCGACGGUGACUUCAUGGCUCAGAGGCGCCAGAGCAACGGCAGUAUCGACGAUGACCGAGACUUCUCUCGUCGGAUCUUGCAGGUGACAAACCCCGACCGACACUAG